UAAAUGACAUGUACUUAUGAUAACCUUGAUAAGGCGCAAUCUGUCUUCAUCGAUGAGUCGUUUUAUUUGCAGUCGCCGCAAUAUCAGUUUGUCUUUCGCAGUGGCAACAUCGAACCUUCCGCUCAAAAAUAUAAUCGAAUAUUCUUAUAUCUUAUCGGCAAUGCCACUGAAAUAUCAUCGUUUGCUGCUGCCAUUGCUCCUGUUCGCCCACCAGCUGCUGGCUGAAAUUCCGCAGUGCUUUCACUUCACCUGGCUGGGUGCCUAUUCGAAUCACUCGAACAUUCACUCGGAGAACUGUGAGUCCAGAGUGGGUGACUUUAAUGAAAUACCCUGCGCGGAGCCGCUGGUUGUGACCACCGACGACACAGUGCCGGAUGUGAAGGCGCUGUGGCAAAAUUACACCGAGGAUCGCGAGAACUUUCUGUGCCAAAUGUCGCCGGGUCGGUCAUGCGUGAAAUACUCGUACAUAUUCAAAGGCGGAAUACAAAACAUCACGUACAUGUGCGCCAAUGUAAACAGCACCAACGGAUGCUAUCGACAGACCCACCCAACUGGCAUGGUUGUGGAGGCAUGUGUGUGCACCUCCCGAGUGGGCUUGAUACCCUGUAAUGGCUGCUCGAAAUCGCAGAGUGCGCUGAUGGGCUGGGCUCUUUGUGUGCUCGGCCUUUAUCAAUGGCUAUAUAAAUAUCGAAUAGUUUGAACUACAAAUACACACGAUUCUGCCUUUAUGUAAUGUGACAUUUCCGGGCUUUUGAUUUUGACAAGUUUUUGCACAAUUUAUGUGCACUCUUUGU